AGAUUAGGCGCGUGCGCAUUUUGUCUUGUAUGCUCUUUCUAUUGGCUGUUCGGUUGCCCUGGGUGAUGACAAUGGGCGUGUCCAGUAACCGGGGAGCUGUUGUGGGUGCUGCUGGCUGGGAAGUAACGGGUAUCAGAGAGCACGGUGUGUAAAGGGUGAGUGCUGCUCUAUGGGCAUUACAGCGGGAUCAGGCUCUCACACUCUGUGUUCAUCUCUCCGUGCAUGGACAUAGGGAGCGGGCCAGAGCGGGCCGGACACGGCAGUUGGUGAAGUUCGAAAAAUAAUGCCUUGUUGAAAUUUAUGUUUGAAGCUGGAUCAGAAAUGCCUGCCUUGGAGAGUGAGGCAAAGGCAAGAACAAAGUCACUUUUUGAUGAAGUCUUCCGGGACUAUGCUGCUUUGUCCGAUGUAAAAAACAAACCGAAGAAGAAAAAACCUCAGGAAGAACAAAUUGCACUUGAUAUUUUGAAGAACCAACCUGGUACAUCCAAAAACCGUGAAAAUGAAACAUUAAAGAGUGAAUAUGAUGCAGAUAAAGAAAGCCCAAGAGUCAGACAAAAGUCAAGAGAUAAAGUUCCUGAAGAUGAAACAAGCAAGGUUGGCCUCAAGGAGCAGAAAAAAACGAAAACCAAGAAGAAGAACAAAAAAGUCAUGGGGGCUGAAUGGAUAAACUCUGAUGAACCUUUGAUAGACAACUCUGACUCUGUCCAGCAAACAGAAAACAAGACUCGUGUAAAGUCUGACAGAGAGCAGUCAAGCAUUAUUAAAAAGAAGGGUGGUGGUGACAUGAAGGACCAAAGUGACUUAAAUGAUUUUGAUGAUGAUUCGUUAAUAGAAGCUUAUCACCUUAAAGUGUCACAGCAAGAGGCUGAUGAAAUCAAAGAAAAGAUGAAAAAGAAACUAAGAGCCCAUCUUUCAGAGCUUUCUGUCAGUAGUGAAGGUCAUACUUUGCUUUUGAACAAUGAUACUCCUGUGAAGAAGAAGAAAAAAAAGAAGGACCGCAUAGCUACACAAGAGCCAGGAAUUAGAGCUUCUGAUGAACUUCAAGGUCAGUCAUCUGAACUGUAUGCUUCAACAGUUCAUUCACAAGUGUCUCAAGGCACUUAUGAUGACAAAGUUGAAGAUCUUCCCAAAAGUACAAAAAAGACCAAGAAAAAAACCAAAGCAGAUGAUUCAACAAAAACCACUCCAGAUGUCAGUAAAGAAGGGGAGAAUGACUCUACACAUGUAUAUGAUGAUAGCCUUGUGCUAGGUGUUUACAUCCAUCGUUCUGAUAAAUUAAAGACAGAUCUUACGGUUUCUCGACCUACAGUGAAAAUUCAUAUUUUUGAUCAGAAAACUGGUGAAUAUGCCAAAAAGGAAAACAGAUCUGAAUUGGUUUCAUCAUUUAAUGAACAAGACAAGCUCAAAUAUAUUUUUCCUUUGACGACGCAAGCAUAUGAUUUCAAACGGUUCAAAUCGGCAGUUCCUGAGUGGGAUGAGCAAAUUAUAUUUAAUGAGCGCUUUACAUAUUUCUUGGAAGAAAACGAAGAAAGCCCAAAAGUUGUUAUUUUCUUUGAGAUUCUUGAUACAUAUAAUGAGAACGGUGCAGGCACCAGCACAGAAUUGGAAACUCAAGAAAAAGGGGCUCAGAAAAUCGCCUGGGCAUUUUUAAAGCUUGUAGGUACCAACAGAGUAUUCAAUGUAGACUCAAGAUUGCGAUUGCAACUCUAUUAUCCUCCUUCCAGAUCUCGUCUAAUUUCCAGCACAAGUGUGUUUGACUGGUGGUUAAAAUAUCCCAGAAACCCUUACCCAUCCACUCUCUAUGUGACCAUAAAAGGGUUACAGCUGCCAGAUAAUAUGAAUCCAAUAUUUGGCAGUAGUAAGCACAUCCAGAGAGAUCUGGGAAGCAAUGUGCCUGAUUUGAAUAAUGAUAUUAAUUUAAGAGGCACUGAAUCUAGUGAAAGUAAACCCAAGAAAGAGCCUUUCCAAUGGACACGGUUGCCUGGACAAGCAUGCCGUAUUCCAAACAGACCUCUUUUGUCACUCCAUGCUGGGCACAUGGGAAGCUUUACUAUAUCCUUCUCAAAUGAUGGACGGAUCUUAGCAGCAGCUUGUGCAUGCAAAGAUGGUUUUCCAGUAUACUUGUAUGAUAUCCCUUCAGGACAAUAUCUCAGGGAGCUUCAUGGUCACCUUAAUGUUGUCUAUGAUCUUUGUUGGUCCAAAGAUGAUCAACAUUUACUUUCAUCUUCAUCUGAUAGUACAGUCAGAUUGUGGAGAACUGGAAGUGAAUCUCUGUCUGCCGUAAAGGUUUUACCGCAUCCCUCAUUUGUGUACGCGGCCAAGUUUCACCCAAUGGCCAAUGCUUUGGUUGUGACAGGAUGCUAUGACGGAGUGAUCAGAGUGUGGAACGUCAAAAUGAAAGAAGUUAAUGGACAACUUUUACAGGAAUUUAAUGUCCAUAAAAGUUUCAUUAAUACUCUCUGCUUUGAUAGUGAAGGCAUUCACAUGUACACGGGAGAUGGUUCUGGGCUGAUUAAUAUUUGGAGUGCGGGAAUAAGUGGCAGCUCUCGACAAAAUUCAUUAGAUCAUUGGGGCAUCUUAAAGGAAAUAAGAGAUACAGACCUGAAAGGUGUACCAGUGAAUCAUCUUGAAGUCCACCCUAAUGGAAGGCGUUUGUUAGUUCAUGCUAAAGACAGCACACUCAGAGUCAUGGACCUGCGGAUACUGGCUGCAAAAAAAUACAUAGGAGCCACAAAUUACAGAGAGAAAAUCCACAGCUCCUUUACACCUUGUGGGACGUUUGUAUUUGCUGGAAGUGAAGAUGGCAUAGUAUAUGUCUGGAAUACUGAAACAGGAGAUCAAGUAGCAAAGUACUCUGAGCUGUCAUAUACUGCACCCAUUAGAGAUGUUGCCUUCCAUCCUCAUGAAAACAUGGUGGCAUUUUGUGCCUUUGGACAGAAUCAACCAAUACUUGUAUAUAUUUAUGAUUACAAAGUUGCACAGAUGGAAGCAGAAGCUGUUCAGGUGUCUAGUAAUUUAGGAACAUCUAGUAAUUCUGAGAAUAUUACUCAGCAAGACUCGUACAUCUCAGCAGCAGAUAGGUUUGCCAAUGUUGCAAGGACUUCCAUGAAAAUGAUGAAAGUAAAACAGAAACUGGAUUCAGUUCUGAAUGGAUCAAGUGCAUUGCUUCCAGCUCAUUCAUUGCUCUCACCGCAUUCUAAGCUAAGGCUUUCAGGAACACCGAGCACACAUUUGAUAACUCAGCCUUUUGACAACAGCCAGCACGGUGGUUUUAGCCCAGUCGGACAGUCACUUAGCCGAGCCCCAUCAAUCAGACUGCAGAUGAACAACACUGAUGCAACAAUUUCGUCACUUAAAAUAGAAGCUGAUGUUAAACCUUCAAUAAAAGAAUCAGCCGUGGCUCUGUAUGACUACACAGCGCAUCGAUCAGAUGAGCUAACCAUCCAUCGCAGUGACAUUAUCCACGUGUUGUACAAAGAUAAUGACAAUUGGUGGUUUGGCAGUCUAGCAAAUGGACAACAAGGUUAUUUUCCAGCAAAUUAUGUAGCUACUGAAUUUCAACAUGAAGAUCUCCCUUCAAAAUCAACCACAAAUAGUUUUGCUCUCCAGAAGGAAAAACUUGAAUCCGAAGAAGGUCUAAAGAGUAGAUACAUGAUGUUGGCAACCCCCAGCAAGUCAAAGGAUCUCAAAAUUAUGUCACAUCAUGACACAGAUGCAAACUCACCUGUGACACAUGCACAGAAAAUCCAGCAUUUAUUAGAACUACCACACAAAAGCUCAACUAUGAUUCUGACUCAGACUGAGGAGACCAUUCCAGCAAGUUCAGAAAGGAGUGAACUGGCAUCUCCAAGUCAAGAGACAUACAGGAAAAUAAAGAAAAAGAAAAACUCAAAACAUAUCACAUCAGUGGUUGGAAAGACCAACCGUGGGUUUGAACCAGAUAUAUAAUUUUCACCUGGCAAUUUAUAUCAUGACAGUUACAUAGGCUGACAGGAGACAUGUAUCCAUCAAGUUCAACCGUCCUCACAAUUGCUUUUUGCGGUUGAUCCAAAAGAAGGGGGAAAAAAACUGUUUGAAGCACUUCCAAUUUUGCAACAAACUAGGAAAACAUAUAGACUAAAUCUUCUUUCUUUUGUGAAAUUAUGUUUUUAAUAGAAGAGUGGUAAUAAUGAUUGUUUUUAAGAAAUUAAGAGGAACAUUUUGUAUUUCACGUAUUGAUUCAAAUGUACUGGGGGAAAAAACUUGUAUGCAAAUUAAGUUUUCACGCCAGACAUUAUUUAGCAAUACAACACUUCUGACCGAUCAGUGUUUGGAAAUGGAAAAGUUUGUUUAUACUAAUUUAAUUAAGCUUAAAUGUUAGAAAUAAAUGGAUAUUGCUCCAACUUCAUGCAAUCUCAUGUACCCCAUUUUUACCAUAUGUUUAAAUUACCUUAUAAACGGAGUUACCAAACCAAAAUACGAAUUUGCUAUUAAUAUGUACUACUGAUUGAAAGUACCUUCAAAGCACCAUUACUACAGUGCGCUGUAGUACAUGGGGUCCGUUGAGUGUCAACCUUCGCAUCUACUACUGCUACAGGAGAAACAAAAUCGCUCAACGUUCUCAGCCAAUGCGCUAGCCCUGUACUGCAGGAGCUUUCUGCUCUCCUGUAGCCGCAGUGGAGUUGGGGGGUGGCACUCAACUGAUACCAGGUAAGUCAAACCAUUCUAAAAUGGUUUAACUACUUACAUUAGGGGCACUCCUGGCACCAUAACCACUUACGUACAUUUCAUUUUAUUCUAAGAGAUCUAAAUUUAAUACUGCCUGGUUAAAUAAACUAAACAUUGGAAGUAUUGUUUUUAAAUCAUUUUGUGCAGAUAUUUUUAUACGUGUGACACUUUUUUGAGGUUGUUUGAAUACAUUUGUUUGUUUGUGAUUUAUUUAGAAAUAGCUUAUA